AUGGUCCAAAGAGCCUGCAGGUUUUGUUGUUCAGGAAGAAAAGUUGUUUUGGAAGACAUUGCUGAUCCACCUGAACCAUUAAAAAGUGUCUUAAAUUUUUCUCACGAAAAUUCAAAACAUUUUUUUGACAUGAUACGUGAUUACAUGAUUUUGGCCCCUAAAAACGACAUCGUCAACAUCAUAAACGAAAAAGUUCUUUCCAUGUUCGAAGCUGAUAAAAAAAACUAUAUUUCCAUAGAUACACUUACUAAUCAAGAUGAAGCUAUAGAUAUCCCAACUGAAUUUCUUAACUCAUUAAAUCCAUCAGGUCUCCCCCCACACAAACUUGAUUUAAAAAUCGGUGCGCCUAUUAUUCUCAUGCGAAAUUUAAAUGCUCCCAAAUUGUGCAAUGGAACCAGAUUAAAAAUAUUAUCUUUGAAAAAAAACCUUAUUGAAGCUGAAAUUCUUACCGGCUCAGCGAGUGGUCAAAUGGUAUAUAUCCCAAGAAUACCAAUGAUAACAAACGAGUACCCCUUCGAAUUUAAACGUGUCCAAUUUCCAGUUAAACUUUGUUUUGCUAUGUCAAUUAAUAAGGCACAAGGACAGACAAUGAAAGUUGCAGGAAUUGACAUCAGCGAUCCAUGCUUCACUCACGGACAAUUUUAUGUUGCCUGCUCCCGCGUAAGCUCAGAAAAAAACUUAUACAUUUAUGCCCCUGGUGAAAAAACUAAUAAUAUAGUUUAUAAAGAAAUAUUGGUUAAUCGGUAG